AAACUCAUAAAAUUUUAUAUAUUCUAAAUUUCCAUUCCGUUCAUAGCUCUUCAAAAUUUCUAGUUGAAAAUUAUUUUAGAUUUCCUUUAAAAGUGUAAAAAAUUUGCAAAUCUUCUCAAAAUGUGUGAUCCUUGCUGCGUUCCCUGCUGCUCGCCAUGUGGACCUUGCGGACCCUGUGGACCCUGCGGACCAUGUGGACCAUGCAGCCCCUGUGAUCCCUGUUGCGCACCUUUUGAGUGCUCACCAAAAUGCUAUACAGGCGCUCAAUUAGACGCUAUACCGCAGUGCGCUCCACGUAUGCCACCACCAUGUCCGAAAUGCAUCACCGUUCAGCAAUCACCCCGUUUGAUUUGUAAAAAGCGAGUAGUAUUUAAUGAAAAAAUUGUACCAGAACCGAUGGUGGUAAACCGUUGUCGUCAAAUUACAAUACCAAAAGUGGUUGAUACAACUCGUGUUAUUAAAGUACCAAAAUUGACAUGGGUAUCACAAAUGGUUCGUGAACCCAGAGUAAUAUAUUAUCCUUCCAUGGUGCCAGAUCCAUACGUGGUUUGCUAUCCGAAGAGAAUAUGUGAACCAAGAGAAGUUUGCCAAACUAUUUUAUGCCAACCGAAACCGCAAUCAAUUGAUAUUCCACCACCACGUGAAUAUUGCUGUUAUCCAACCGGACCAAUUAACUAUAAGCCAAGUGUUGCAUGCCCGCCUUGUCCAAUUGGACCAUGUUCACCAUGUGGACCUUGUGGUCCAAUGCCAUGCUUUGCUGGCAAUCAAUACCCACUUUGUGAACCUUGCGGACCUUGCGGACCUUGCGGACCUUGUAAACCUUGCGGACCAUGCGGACCUUGUGGCCCUUGCGGUCCUUGUGGACCUUGUGGACCUUGCGGUCCAUGCGGACCAUGCGGACCUUGUGGACCAUGUGGCCCUUGUGGACCUUGUGGACCUUGUGGACCUUGCGGACCUUGCGGACCAUGCGGACCAUGUGGACCUUGCGGACCAUGCGGACCAUGCGGACCUUGUCUUCCACCAAAUUGCGGUCCAUGCGGUAUGACUAUGCCUUCAGGUCCCUAUGUACCAGCUCCCUGUGGGCCUUGUGGUCCUUGCGGCCCAUGUCCACCUUGUGGUCCUUGUGGACCCAAUGGGCCUUGUGGACCUUGCGGUCCUUGUGCGCCAUGUAUGCCAGGUUGUCCUUAUGAGGCACCAGAGUGCGGUCCUUGUUAUCCAUGUGCUCCAACACCUUGGAAUACACAAUGUGGACCCUGCGGUCCAUUGGGUCCUCAAGUUCCCUGUAGCCCUUGUGGUCCAUGUGGGCCAUGCAAUCCAUGUGGACCAUCUUGUUAGAAUAUUUUAUGUUAUUGUUUGUUUUAAAAUUAUGUGUUGCAUGCCUGGUCACAAGCCAUUAUCAAGCCUAAAGCCUGUCGUAGUCGUGAAUUACGUUGUGGUAUCAUGUAUACAACAUGUGAGUGCAUUAAACGAAACGGCCUACAGGACAAAUGCCCC